GUUAUUUCUUUUAAGUCUCUCAAUUCAACGCACAAUGUUCUCAACUUGGUAACUUACACAUUGGGAGCCAUUGAUAUGUGAGCAUGCCCGCGCUCGAUCUUUCGAAACUAAAAGACUCUCCUCGCGCACUUGUGCUGUCCCGAUUGCUGCCCAGGGGUCUAGAGGUGGGCAGCAGCGCUGGCGCUGCGUCACCGCUGGGUCCGCAGUGUUUCAGACGGUCAAUGGUCGCCUGGCUUGUUCAAUUGAACUUCGCAUCCGAGUCAACGCUCAAUUCACCAGCCAUCCACAUUUUCCACGUUGUCACGAUACCAGCCUCCGAGUUUCCAACAACUGAGCCAACCAAGCACCACUCUCAACACCCGCACACUCUAAACGUGCUGAUCCACCAAAAAUUGGACAGGUCAUUCCUGGAGCUGGUUCCCUCACAAGCCAGGAAUUCCCUCUCGGCUGCGAGAGCUUCCCUCGGCUUUUGUGACACAACCGCACCUUCCCCAGGUUUCCACCACUCUGGUGGCGGCGCGACAGCAGAGUUGUCCGAACUAAAGCCCCAAACUUCUUACGACCGUCACGACUUUUACGAACCACACACCUCAACAGAAUAUCAGCGCCAGCAGCAUCACCUUCUUUACCAAACUCCACCACCCCAGACACCCGAGCAGAGAUCGACCACGUCCUCGCGACAUCGAGUACUUCGUCGCACACCGCGCUUCUCGGCAACGCCAAGUCCGAAGCCGGCUGAACCACCGUCCCAGCAGCCCGCCCAAGCUCCUGCUCGCGUCACCAUCACUCUUGGACCACGAGGACAAUAUAUUCUGAGUGGUGCUGAGCAAGGUGAACAACCGCGAACGCGUCGACGACAAGCUAGACGUCAAUUGUCACAAGACCUAAGUAGUGAAGAUCUCGAAGACAAUUCACCGCAACCCCCGUCUCGAUAUCACCACGCAUCCCGCACACCCGUGGACCCGAAACAACCAACACCUCAUCUAGCUGUCCACAUAUCAAAACACACUCAUAGCGCUAUCUUGUAUGCGCUUGAAGCAACUUUACGUGGUCCCCAAGAAUUGAGUUCUGAUCCGAUUGAGGAACUUGCCUCGAUGGCUGAUUUGAUGCAAGGGGGCGGCCUUGCCACUUCGAAUGGCAAUGGCGGUUCAUCCAGGCCCACAACUGCUCGAGCGCCAAUCGGCUCCCCAUCCAGUGGAAUUAGAGGUCCCCGGAUGAUCAUGCAAGAACGGGCAGCGCGUGAGGCAAGACAACGCGAAGAACGAGAACGAUUGGACCGGGAACAUGCCGAGGCAGAACAAGCAGAGCAACGUAUGCUUGAAGAGACUCGACGGAGAGAAGAACGUGCAAACGCCGCUGCUGGCGCUGGUGUACCGGGAGCUGGUGCUAUGCCCCCUGGGGCAGAUCCCUCUGCUAUAAGACGCGCUGCCGCUGGCGCGUUGCCGGGCCGCGCAACAAGCGAUAUUGGUGGUCGUGUCCCAGGCUCGUCCAGACCACCCGCUGAUACCCAAGCGCAAGCUUCACAGCGCCAUACGCGCACGACUUCGGCACAAGGCGUCCCAGCUACCGCGGUUCCAGGCGCAACAGCAGCAGGCUCUUCAGGAACGCAACAACUGCGAGGAUCCGAGCCCCAGACAGCGGAAAGUCGAGGUAGAAACUCGUUUCCACAUGCCUUCGAGCGUUGGGAGACAUUGUCUGCGCAUUGGGAAGGCUUGACCAGCUUCUGGAUCCGACGCUUGCAGCAGAACACUGAUGAGAUCGACAACGACCCGUUGUCGCAGCAACUGUCCCGCCAAGUCACCGAUCUAUCUUCGGCAGGCGCCAAUCUUUUCCAUGCCGUCGUCGAGCUGCAGCGACUCCGUGCUUCGUCGGAACGUAAGUUCCAGCGUUGGUUUUUUGACACCCGCGCAGAGAUGGAGCGCAAUCAAGAAGUUACCGCGAUGUUGGAGUCGGCACUCGAGGAGGAGCGUCGAAGCCGAGCCGACGCAAUUCGCGAAGCUCUCGAACACGAGCAGGGGUCAUCGAGGAUCCAGAAGCAGUUGAGUGAGAUGCGCAAGGAGCUGACCAUUUCGAAGGAGGAGGCUCGACGUGCGUGGGAGGAGCUCGGUCGACGAGAGCAGGAAGAGCGAGAUCGUACUUUGUCUCUCCAGCAAGGCCAGCCCACCAUAGUCGGAGGUGUUCAGGUUGUGCCUAUGACACAAGGCGUCAGUCGGCACAACAGCCAACGUGACAACCGAACCUACGGCCAGGCGGAAUCAGAUGGGUAUGUGCAUGCGCAGCAAACGGCCACCUCUCGGGCUGAGUACUCGCAAGCGCCCGCUGUCCAACCGGUCGUUACUUCAUCUGGCGGUAAUCCCACCCACCAGCAAUCAGUCCACCACCAAGGCAGCUAUGGCUCCGAGGGUGCUUACAGUGAAGGUGAGUACAGCAUUGACGCGUAUGGAAAUUUCGCCCGAGAUUCCCGCGGAGACAAAAUUCCCUUCCGCGCUCCUGCUUCAGACGAUAAUUCUGACGCUGGACCAGAAGACUUCGAGACUCCGGCUUCGCAGCCAGGCGGGCAUCAUCCCACCAGUACCGGUGCCCACGCACAGCAACCGCAAUAUUCUUCGGCGCCUGACUACGCAGGCUCAGGCUAUACCGCGCCGGGCUGGGAAUCCUUGCCACGACACCAUCAUCCGACGCGUCUUAGUGAUGUGAUUGAGGAGGACGAUGAGAGAAGUCGGACGAGUGCUAGCCAAAGUCAGAUCAGUCGUGUUUGA